GCAUGCGCACAAGGACUUUGAGUCAACGUGGAGGUAGGGCUGCUGCCUUCAGGAGCGACUGUAAAUAUGGCGACUUCCACAGACAUGACGGUGAUUCACGGAACAGGAAUAUACAAUGCUAGUCAAAAGAAUGGAUUAGUAAUGAUAGAUAUGUUUUUUAUUGGUCAGUAUAGGGCAAUAUUAAGUACUGGUGUUUCAAAUAGCAGCUACUAGCUCUUGUUUAUGCCAGUUUGGCACAUUGUCUGACACUAUAUUGUCAAUUGUAGCACUUCGCCAUUUAGCUUGUUUGACCAACAACAACAACAACAACAACAACAACAACAGUACAGCUACAAUAACACGACUUCGGUACAUGUCACUGAAUAUACUGUACGCUCAUGACCUGUACGAGGCUCAGGGAAGGCAGCAUCAAAAGUAACGCACUGAACUCAGACGUCGGCAACGUUUACGACUGUCAACUAACUGGAACAAGUUUUCUGCUCGUCCGCACACGCUUCGGCUAGUUUGUGUAAACGAGUUUGUUUUGUUACCUCCAGAAUGUGAGUCUACUAAGAGUGUCAGAGGAUAGACCGACAUGUUGAAUGUCGGAGGUGUAAAUAAAGCAGAGGGCAGACAUGGAAACCUGCGUUAUGUCCGCGCUGGACAGACCCGCUGCGGAGCUCACGGUCAUGGAUGUGUACGACAUAGCGGCGGGGCUCGGACAGGAGUUUGAGCGGGUCAUCGAGAGGUUUGGGUGCGAGUCUCUGGUCGGGGUGGUGCCCAAAGUGGUGCGCGUCCUGGAGCUGCUGGAGGCCCUGCUGAGCAGCGGAGCCGCCGGACAGGAGGCCGAAGAGCUGCGGAGGGAGCUGGAUAGGCUGCGGCAGGAGCGGAGCGACAGAUUCGGGCAGGAGAAGAAGCACCAGAAAGAGUUGGAGCUGGUGGAGGAUGUGUGGCGAGGAGAAGUCCAGGACCUGCUCUCUCAAAUCACCCAGCUUCACGCAGAGAACCAGAGGCUGUUAGUGAGCCUCUCGCUCAGAGAGUUCCCCGUCACAGAGGAAGACCUGCAGAAACCGGAGGGAAUGUCAGAGAAAGAAAAGCAGGUGAUGAAGAAGCUGAAAGACUUGGUGGAUAAGCAGAGGGAUGAAAUUCGGGCUAAAGAUCAUGAGAUGACACAAAAAAACGAGGAUAUUGAAGCGUUCCAGACGCAGCAGCAUCGGCUGAUUAGAAUCAACCAAGAUCUUCGUCACAGGACGGGAGUGAUGGAGGCUCAGGGCAAGGCACUGAUCCAGCAGAGGGCUGAGCUGGAAGCUGCAGCCCAGGCACGGCAGCAGGAGCUGGUCACUCUGCAGCUGGAGGUCACAAGGCUGAGAAAGGAGCUCCAGGGUUGGGAACUGGAGAAAGAGGUCACUGAUAUGGAAGAAACCACGCUUACCAGAUCUGGGAUGUCGCCACCUACAUUGCCACAGAUGUUGUCCUCGCCAUCUAACUCCAUCAAACCAAAUUCAGUGUGGGUGGAAUGCGGAGGGGAUCCUGGUUUCCUGGCAAACUGCUUUGAGUCUGACAAGAGUCCUUCACUUCUCCCAAGGUCAUCGAAAAGAGAAAAUAAUGAGGAAGAGGGUGACAAAGACAAUGGCACAACAACGUUGUUACUGAAGGUGUCGGAUGAUACAGACUCAGUGCAAGACACAGACAGCCUGGAGCAGGACUCAGACAAACCUCCCUUCACCCUGCAGGAGCUGCGGGAUGUCCUGCAGGAGAAGAAUGAACUCAAGGCCCAAGUGUUCUUGCUACAGGAAGAGCUAGCAUUUUACAAAAGUGAGGAGUUUGAGGACGACAUUAGCUUCAUGGUUUGUCCUCCAUCUCCUCCACCAUGCUCCAGUUCCACUGAUCAGACCGAAUCGGGAAUUAGACGCUUGAUCUUCACUGCCAUAAUGCCGAUGGUGGCAGCCGGUUUGAUUGCAGAUGACCCUACGUUGUUGCCAAUCAGAAGACUUUUCUUUGUAUAAAUUAUAUUUGUUUAAAUGAUUGCUCUUAUUUUUUCCACUCUGUGUCUACACCCGUUUAUUUCUCUCAACAACGGUUGUCCAUCGACAUAUUUAAAAAAAGAUGGUGUUACUGUAUACCUGCAGCACUACAUUGUGGCACCACAUUCUGUAGUUUACACCAGUGCAAUCACACUGGUAAAACACCAGUAGGACCAGUACCUAUUCCAACAAGAGUUUCAUAUGAGUAAAAGCAUGCCCUAACAGCAAGUAUGUGCUGUGUUGCAUCUGGAAAAUAAUGCUUCUCCAAAAUAAAGUAUUAUAGUUUUAUUUUU